AUGGUUUCUUAUCAAACGAUUAAACAGAAUUAUAAUAAAACAUUACAACACUUCAAUUAUAAAGGUAUACUGAGUUUUCAAAAUGGUUUAAAUGUACAACAACAAUAUAUGAUUGAAAAUCUAGCCUAUAAAUCAUUACAACUGAAGUUUAAAAGUUUAAGCAAGAAGUACCCAGGGCAGUAUAUUAAUGAAACUGAGCUAAAUAGUCUAGAACUUUUAAAACCAAGUCCCAAAAUUCUAACAUUUGAAUUUGAUAAUGUUUAUGCUGGUGGAUUAAAAUCUAAAAUUGAGUUAAAUGAUACUGAAAUUUCAAAAUAUAAAAAAUUUGGUGGUGAAUAUUUUCAAUUAAAUCGUGGUGGUCAAGUUACAUGGCAUGGACAAGGUCAGUUAACAAGUUACCUACUUAUUGAUAUAAAAUCAUUUAAAAAUUUGACUGCUAAAUGUUUUGUUUCAAAUGUUUUAUUAAAUUCUAUAAUUGAAGUUUUGAAAAAAUAUGAUAUAAAAGCAACUACAGAUGAUGAAAAUCCUGGAGUCUGGAUAGAUAAUGAUACUAAAAUAGCUAGUGUGGGAAUUAGAGUACGACAUGGGAUAACUGAAUUUGGUAUUGCAUUGAAUAUAAACCCAAAUUUAAAAUAUCUGAAUCAAUUUGAAAUGUGUGGUCUCAAAGAUAAAUCAGCAACUUCAAUUUAUGAAAUCAAUGGUAAAAAUCCAAGUGUUGAAGAAGUAGGAGAUUUAUUUACAAAAGAAGUUGCAAAAGCAUUGAAUAUUGAAAACAUACAAAAAAUUGACUUAGAAAAUUAA